GUCAUCAAAUAUCAAUAGAACAAGAAAGCAGUGCGUCGAUAAAAUAGUUCCCUCUUCAUUUCAAAACAUAGAGCAAAGUCAGGUGGGAACAGAGGAGAAUGGACGCCCUUGCACACAUGCUUUCGGACCCUCUUGAUCCAAAAGAAGAGAACGAUGAGCAAAUCACCGAGGAGUGCAUGCUGGGGAACUGCAGAGUGAGCCUUCCAGAGGACCUCCUGGAGGACCCUGAAAUUUUCUUCUCUGUGCUGAGUGAAAGCACUUGGCGUGAAGUACUGACAGAUUCCCAGCGACAGCACCUUCGUCAGUUUCUGCCACAGUUUCCCGAGAACAAUAGUGUGGAGCAGGACAGUACCAUCAGUGACCUAUUCAAUAAUAAAAUUUUUAACUUUGGGAACCCCCUUCAUCUUGCACAAAAACUAUUCAGAGAUGGUUAUUUCAAUCCUGAGGUGGUCAAGUACAGACAACUGUGUGCCAAGUCCCAGAGGAAACGACAGGUGCACUGCCUUCAGCAGUAUUACCACAGGCUGCUGAAGCAGAUCCUCGUCUCCAGAAAGGAGCUGCUGGACUUUGCAGUACAAAAUGGUCUGGACUUUCCACAUAAAAGAAGGUUACCAACCAAAACCCAUGCAGAAAUGCGGGAGGCAAGGGUGACAAGAAGAUUGAGCCGCAUAAUGAAGGAGGUCAAAGCUGAGUGUGGGGACAGCAAUGCUUCAUCUGAUGAUGAUGAUAUAUCACCAUGGACUCCGGCACCUCAGUCACCCUCUUCUCCAACACCCACGGUCUCAGUCAGAGUGCUACCAAGCCUCUCCACUCAAGACAUGAAGAGUACUGAAAAAAUAGAACUUGGUGAGCAGGACUUAAAAGUCAUGCUGCAGAAUCAUCGUGAGAAGAGGAAGCGACAACCGGACCAUCCAGACUUGAUAACCUCUGAUAUCCACCUUGGCGACAUACUUUCAAGAGCAAACAUGGGUCGUAAAGGGACUAUGCCUUCAAGAAAGACUUAUGACACCUGUGACACUCUUGCACCUGCAGACACCCCAUCAGCUCCACCAGCAAACAUAAUCAACUCCCUGCCAGAUACACCGUCUACCCCGCUAACCAACAUUAAAGAGGAAGUUGUGGAGGAGUAUCUAAGCAGUCCCGUUCCAGUUGAAGAAAUAGUCGCCAGUUUUUUCAGCUUGCUGGAAAACAUCUUGAGGACAGAAGGUCCUGCCAGUACUUCAGUGUUGGAGGAGAAAGUUCAAAUAUGGCAGUCAUCUCCAGCAAGUUCCAUUAAUGCAUGGUUUUCUUCAGCCUCGUGCUGGUCUGACUUGGUUGUUCAAGCCCUGCAGUUUCUUGCAGGAGAGACUAAAGAUGGCAUGAUGGCACUUCCCAGUGGCUUUUCUCCAUUUGUGGAAUUUUCUGAUGAAUGUCAACAGUGGAGGUGGAUAGGUCCCACUCAGGAUACAGAGAAGGAUUUGAGUGCACUGUGUCAGUUGUGGUUAGACUCCAAAGAUUUCAUUGUCAAGACAGAAAAUGAAGAAACAUUAGAGAUGACCUCUCCCACACCGAGACUUUCAACUGAUUAUGUCGUGCGUCCCAGCACUGGAGAUGAGAGACAAGUGUUUCAAGUCCAGGAGCAGCAACGGUACAACCAGCCACAUAAGGCUUUCACGUUUAGGAUGCAUGGCUUUGAAUCUGUGGUGGGUCCAGUUAAAGGAGUGUUCGAUAAGGAGAUGUCACUAAACAAAGCCAGGGAGCACACGCUGCUGCGCUCAGACCGACCACCAUACGUCACCAUUCUUUCUCUGGUACGGGAUGCAGCAGCCAGAUUACCCAAUGGGGAGGGAACGAGGGCAGAGAUCUGUGAACUGCUGAAAGACUCACAGUUUCUUGCUCCAGAUGUCACAAGUGCACAGGUGAAUACAGUUGUCAGCGGGGCUCUGGAUAGACUUCACUAUGAGAAAGACCCCUGUGUCAAGUAUGACAUCGGCCGCAAACUGUGGAUUUACCUGCACCGCAAUCGCAGCCAGGAAGAGUUUGAGAGGAUCCACCAGGCUCAAGCUGCAGCUGCAAAAGCAAGAAAAGCUCUACAGCAAAAACCAAAACCAGCAGCUAAACCUAAGUCUGGAAGCAAAGAUGGAGGCAACAAAACUGGAUUUUUGGAAGCAGGACAGGAUAUAGGUUCUAAUCCCAUGUCACCAAUCCCAACGACACCCACUCCGAACACACCUGGAACCCCCAAAUCACCCUUACCCUCCACAGUCACCACACCAACAAAAACCAGAGUCCCAGAUACAAUCAAAACCAGCCCAGGUGUUCUUCUUGUGUCCCCUCCAUCGUUACCCCAGCUGGGAACUAUUUUGCCCACAAGUCAGGCUUGUCCACCAGCUUCACAGCCAGUUACAUCCCACGCAGCUCGUAUAGUGAGUCACCUGACGGCAGGUUCUCUUCCACAAGUACGAGUCGUUCCUGCUCAGCCUGGCCUGGGGUCAUCGGCAGGAAGUCAGCAAGCCACACUGGUACAUCAGACCCCUCACCAGAUCCGGAUGCCAGUGUCAGUGUCAGCUAAAGGAAUUUCACAGGCUGUGGUGUCUGUGCCUUUAAGAAGUCAACCUGCUAGCAGUCCAGUCCAGGUUCCAACUACAUUGUCUGUGUCAGCUGUAACUGCCAAACCUCAAUCUGGAUCACCUGGUAGCCCAGCUAACAACCCUGCUUCUCCAGCUGUGCUGCAAGGAGUCACCAGCCCAAACAUCAAACAGGUGUCUAUCACAGGACAACUGGGAGUAAAGUCUCCGGGAGCAGGAAUUCCUAUCACAGCUACAAACCUUCGCAUCCAAGGCAAAGAUGUCCUACGCCUCCCACCAUCGUCCAUAACCACAGAUGCUAAAGGCCAAACAGUGCUGCGGAUCACCCCAGACAUGAUGGCAACACUUGCCAAAUCCCCAGUUACGACCGUCAAGCUCACUUCUGACUUUCUGGGCUCUGCCUCCACAGGCGGCAAGAGCAUAUCAGCCACUCUUCACGUGACACCACCCCACCCUUCACCUUCUUCGGUGUCCAGUGCUGCAUCCUGUACUGGGGAAGUACAGACCACUAAAGCAGGACACGUUGCCUCGACCUUGUUAAAGGCUGCAGGAGACACGACCAUUCGUUUGAUGCCCACGUUGGCCGUCACUGUGGCCGACCAAAAAUCUAGGACCUUCUCCACUGUGACUUCCCCAGACAAGACUGGUGCCACAAUUCGGAUAAUGCCGGGCUUGGGUGUAAUUCCACAGAAACCAGGUCAGACCAUCACAAUGACCACCACCACUGGCAGUAAACCUCUCACAGCAAGUACAUGUGCUAACGUAGUGACCAUGCCUGCCAAUGUUGUGGCCGGUGCUAAAGGGAUCACAGUGGCUUCUGGAGCUUCGGGGUCACCUCUGACGCUAGGAACAGCUACAGCUACUGUGCGACAGGUCCCUACUACAGUUGUCACCACACAAACGGGGAAGUUACCCGCACGGAUCACAGUCCCCCUGUCUGUCCUCAAUCAGCCACUGAAGAGCAAGAGUGUUGUAACGACACCCAUUGUGAAAGGAAGCCUGAACACAAAUAUUAGCAGCCUGGGCAGAAACAUCAUUCUCACCACCAUGCCUGCUGGCACGAAGCUGAUUGCAGGAAACAAACCUGUCAGUUUUGUCACAGCGCAACAGUUCCAACAGCUUCAGCAGCAAGGACAGGCCACACAGGUUCGGAUCCAGACAGUUCCAGCGCAGCAGGUUCAGCACAUGGCUGCAGGCUCCCCCAAAUCGGUUUCAACAGUCGUAGUCACAACAGCGCCUUCACCAAAAUGUACACCUGAUACUCCACCGGCUCCACAACAGUGAUCUCAUCCUGUCAGCCUACAAUGACUCAUAGCUCAAGGAGGCUAUAUAUGUACCAGGAUUGUGUUUGUUUUAUCCAAUAUUUAUCAGAGUUUUAGUUCAGUUUGCAAGUUAAAAAACAUAAAAGCCAGAAACCUAAUUCUUCCCUAAAAACCCUGUUGCCUUUUUCUCCAAGUUGUAAGUAUUACAUGAAAAUUUUGGUCAUUUAUUAACAAAAUGUUACCUCCUGAAUUUGUUUCUCCACAUUGUUAUAAACAAAAUAUAUCAUAAGAAAAUUCAGCCUGUUUAUAAUCUUUCCAUAGAAAUUCCAGGCGCAAGUUUGUGGGAAAACUGAAAAGUCUCUUGAUAACCUCAAACAACAACUUGUCAGAUUGUAUUAAAGUGUACUAAUUCAGUUUAAUAUAAGCAAGUUGUGAUUUGUUAAUAAAAUAUUUCAAUAUA